AUGAGUGAAUCACCAAGUGAAAAAGAUAAAAUGAAAAAGGAAAGACAACAACAUGAGGAGAAAUCAGAAGGUAUACAUGAGGACGAAAGGGGUAUUCUAAGUGGCAAACUCAUAAGCAUAAAUAAAAAUGAAGACCGCGCAAGUGACAAGUCGGAAAAUGAGAAAGAAGCAACUGCUAAUGUAAAAGACGAUUUGCGCGAAUUCAUCAGCUACAAAAAUAUAUGUACCCUUAUGGAUGACGCCAGUGACGGCUACAAAACAUGUCACAAUAAUACGCCAGACGAUUUCCAAAUGGAUAUAAAGAAUUUUUUAAGUGAUAACAACACGGAUUUUUCCAAGUUAGAAAGUAAGGGUUCCCUGAAUGAGAACUCACCCCUUACCAGUUAUAACAAUAGGUUUAACGAUAACGGGGAAAGCAGAAACACCAGCAAGGAUAGUAAUGGCACCAACGGCACUAACAGAAGCAAAGACAGGGCACACAGUUUCGAUGAUCAAGAGGGUGGAAAAAAACACAAGAGCCGCCGAAAAGCCGAUAUGGCAGUAGAAAAGGAGAAACGUUCUAAAUUAAAAGCGGACGAGAUGGAUCAAUCGAAAAAGAACAGACAUUCUGUUGAUCUGCACCAAAAUCGUAACAAGUUCCUCAUCGAAUGGGGAAGAAGGAUACGAAGCAGUAUUGUAAAAUGCAGUGACUUUCUAAAUAGUAAUCGAAUAAGUAAGACUUCCUCGCCGAAGGCAUUACAGAUGAAAAGGCAAAUUAUUAGCAAGGUUGCAGAUGACACUUUUGAGACCCAAAAAUGUAAGAAAAAAGUAUUUCUAAAAAGGUUACGUAGUGACGGGAAAACUUACCAUUCAAAUAUUGAUAACUCCAAACGGAGCAGUUUUUUUAGUUCUAAAUAUUUACAAAAGUUAAAUUUUAAUAAAGCAAUAGCGGGUAGUAAUUCUCUCAUGUCGUUGUCAUCACUGCAUGGGAUGACUAAUCAUUCCGAAUGUAAAAAGAAGAUUAAAAAAAUACAUUUUACCAAUCAUAGUGAUAAUCAAAUAUACAGUUGUUCUUUCAAUUGUGACACAAGCUGUGAAAGAAAUUCGUAUUCCGACACAUAUGUAAUUUGUUCCUCUCCAAAAAAAAAGGGGGAGUCAAAAAUUCCAUAUAAUAACAUCCUUUUUUAUGAUAAAUGUGUUAAACAAUAUCAAUGCAAUGAUAGGGAAGAUAAAAUGGUAUUCCCCAAUUCUUCCCAAUUGUAUGACUCAUUUUUUUAUGCACAUAAGAAGAGAAAAAGACGAAAUGAAAUUAGCCAAGGGAAGAAAUCGCACCUCAGAAAGAGGGCAAACUGCCUUCCUUACGAAAAUUACAAUUUCACGUUAAGGAACAUUCAGAAGAGAAAAAAGAUUUACUUUCAUUUUAGAAAAAAUAGAAAAUGUCGUGUGAAGAAGAAAAAGGGCGGCAAAAAAAAGAAGCUCGAUGAAGUAGGAACACACCGCUUAAGCGAAGAAACCAAAAAAAUGAAUAGUCCCAUGGAGGAGGGGAGUUCUCCAAAGGGAGAAAAUGCCGACGUUGAAGAGAAAGCAGAUGCACUUCCCAACGUUAUGCAGAGCGAAAAGGAUUGUAAGACAACCGUAUGUGCGAUUAUUGGAGAAGAAAAAGACAAGGGCGAUUCGCACGAACUAGAUAUAGAACCACCAAAUAGGGAAUCUGAGGAGGAACAAAACGCUCAGCAGUCGAAUCAGCAUUUAACGAAAGAAUAUGACGAGCCACCAAAAGAGAACAACCCAGAGAACGGACCGCUAACAACAAACGUGUUUGGCGAAAUUAAUAACCAGGUGAAUCAACCCCCCACUGAUUCCGCAUUGGGGAAGGACAAGAACGAAAUGGCAGAGGGACCAUAUAAAGAACUCAAAAUAACUCGAAACAAUUUCUUAAAAUAUGAUGAAGAAAUAUUUGAAAAUUUCUACAGCGAUGUGCAUUUAAGAAUUGGAAAGAUUGUUACAAAUAAGAGAAAAAAAUAUUUUCUAACUUAUAAAAUUGUUAAAGAUUUCUACUUUCGCAUUUUAAUUUUGAAUACGGAAAAAUUCGAAAAAAAUAUUCUUCAAGUGAUAGCCAUUCAGGAUGUCAUUUUGAACGAUAAAAAUGUCAAAAUUGUUAGCGAUCCGUUUUAUGUAAGAAAUAGUAGCAAGCUUUACGUUGUGAAGUUCUUAAAGGUGUUUAGCUUAAAAUAUUUAAAAAAAGUAAAAAAAAUGAGCGACAUAAUAUUUUCCGAUGCGGAGGAGGAGAGUCCCAAUGUUAAAACGGAAAAUUCUGAAUCAACUGAGUUGCAUAUUCCAACUGAGGAGAAUGCAUCGUCGACCGCUAAAGAAACCAAUGGUGUGAAGAAAGAGGAUUUGUGUAAAAAGGAACCCAUCCAGUCGGCGGAUGAGCCCCUAAAUGGGAAUCAUUCGGAAGGCACAGGAACGAAGGGGGGUAGCGGCAGUAAGGAAGAAAUAAAAGAAGAUACACAAGAUGUAGCAACUAUUGCUGCGCAGAAGAAGGAGUCUGAAGGAAGCAACAUGAGCGACGGUGACGGACGAAACAGCAAUAAGUGCAGCGGAAACCAAGCUGAGGAGAUCUCCGCCUUGAAGAACUCAAGCAACAACUGCGAUGACUUCGACAAUGUCAGUAAUAGUGGAAAUGGGAAAUUAAAGAAAGGAGAAAAAAAUGCCGAUGACGAGAACCUCUCCAAGGGAACAGACAAAAGCGACAGAAAAAACACCAAAGUUAAGGAGGAACCUUCCUCUAAUGAAACCCCCAAGGGAAAUGCCCAGAUGAAUGCCAAGAUAAAUGCCAAGGGAAACGCCAAGGGAAAUGCCAAAAGAAAUACUAAGGAAAAUAACAAGGACAAAAGAGGAAACGCAGAUGUGAAGAAGAAAAAAAAUAGCGAAGAUUCCCCGAUGAAGAAGACAAAGGAAUUAUCCAAAAAUGUGAAUGAUAAAAAAAGCAGAAAAAGAAACAAUGUGAAGGUGAAAAUUGAAAAUAAAGCGUGCGAAAAGGAACAGGAAGAGCACAACUACACAGGCAUCAUAUACAAUGACAAGAAAAAGUUUUAUUUUAAUGUUCAAAGAAUGGUGGAUAUAAUCAAGAUGGUUAAAGGAUCGGAGGAGAAAACGAAAUUCUAUCUAGAUCCCCAUAAUAACAAUAUGAAGAAGAAAUGGAAGCUCCUCAAUAAAGUGGAGAAAACAUUAUUUCUUGAGAAUCUUGUCAUGGAUGAUGAGGAAGUGCUUUUUAAGAGACCCAAAUUUUUUAACUGCAUAAUUGAAGAAUCCAUUGAUAACUACAACGUCGUGUACGAAGCGGAGAAUGGGAUGAUGCUUCUGUUCGAGGAUAACUUGGAUCGAUUGAAAAAGAAAAAAGAGGGUAAUAAAGCACAAACGGAUACAUCCAACAAGUACAUCGAAUUGAAGGAUGAAGAAAGGGGAUUUAAAUAUAUUGGCUAUCGCGUCAGUUUUGAGCUAAAGAAGGACAACAAAAAAAAGAGUCACUUCAAGACCGGCAUUAUAAAGUAUUACUCCCCCAAAUAUAAGCAUUUUUUUAUUCACCAUAUAGAAAAUUUCAAAUGCAACGGGUCCAUAGCGGAUUCUCCUAAGCGUAUCAACAGGGAGAUGGGAUACUCAAGAGGAGGGAGCAAAUCAGGCGCCACCUCCGCAUCCUUGUACCACAAUUCGAAAGAUUAUCACCUCUUGGCCGACUUAAGAGAUGCACAAUAUGGUGGGGUCGAUCAGGACAUGGGCAAACAGAUCAGCGAGAGGCAGAAGGAGGAGGGGCCACAUGCACAGGUAGUCAAUCAGAACAACCAGAGCAUACUCCGAAGGGAAGAAAUGAUGUACCUCAAUUAUGAGAAAAGUCUAGAUGAAGAAAAUACAAAGAAGAAAUGCGAUUUUAUAUUCUCAGAUGUGAAGGGCUGGUAUUCCCCCCACUUCUACAACAUAAAGGUGCUAAAGACGGAGAAAGAAUUUGAGCGCUUUGAUAUACGCGAUAAAAAUGACAAAAGGAAGGAGCUAAUCGAUUACAGUCUUUUGACGAAGAAAGACCACUGCUCCAUAUGUAAGAAUAACAUCCUUUUUAUUAAGGGGCAUGACCAUUACACGAAUAACCUCUCCACCAUGAUAUACGAGUUAAGCAGCGAACUGGAAAAAAAGGAAAUGGAUGAGAAAGAUAUUAUUGACGUGUACUGGGGCGUUAAGUGUUCUAUCUGUUCGAAGAAAUUCCACGCCAAGUGUCUCGACGAUGAGGUGAUAAUCGCCAAGGCGUAUGACAAAAAUGUGCUAAUGAAGGAGUAUAAAAAGUACAUUUAUAAGAACAGCCUCAAGAAGGAUAAGAAAUGCUUCAGGAGUGAUAAGGAGAAAGGCGCGAAGAAUUCCAACAAGAAGGAUGAAAAAUCGAAUACGGUGAAGAAGAACAGCAGCAGUUUUAGCGAUUCGAAAUGCAUGGCACGAGGGGGGGGAGAUUCCAAGUCGAACAAACAGAAAAAAAAUUCCAAUGGAAAAAGUACCACCGGGAGUAGCAAGAACGGGUCGAGCAAACGCGCGGAGGAUUCGUCGAAUGAUGCGGUGAAGGAGGAAAAUGAUGAUGCAGAGGAAAAGAGCAGCAACACCAAAAAAAAGAAAGGAGGCAAAGAGUGUACGAGCCCAAACGAAAAUGGCAAAAAGAAUGACAGUGAAAAUGAGUACAAGAGUGACGACAAAGAGGAGCAAAACCAAAGCGACGAAUUCACUGAUGAAGAAGAUAGCGAUGUGGAAGAAUCGGACAACUGCACAAAAUCGAAAAAUAAAAAGUCAAGGAAGUGCAUAAAUUACGUUCCAGCUGUAAAGUACAAUGACAUUAGUUACAAAAGAUAUGUGUGUAAAGACUGCUAUCGAUGCAUAUACUGCUGUGAGAGCAUAUACGAUUAUAAACAGACGCCCAAUAUAGCCAAUUAUGUGAUAUGUAAAACGUGUAACAUGAUUGCACACGGAUCUUGUUGUAUCCCGAAUGUGCCCGACAUUUACGUCUUUAAUUGGAAGUGCGACGACUGUCUGAAAUGCAACAAAUGUGACUACUCCAACUUGUGCUUCAUUAACUACAACGAGUGGGAGCUUCCCCUGAACUGCUGCAUCAACUGCUACAAAGAAUAUGAGAAGAAGAACUUUUGCAUAAUGUGUAAUGAGAAGUACGAAAUAGAUGAUAGCAACAAGUGGGUGGAAUGUGAUGUGUGCAAAUUUUGGAUUCACCUAAGUUGCGAUAAAGAUGAAAAUAGAAAUAUUGAAACAUUGUCCAUAAAAAGUAUCAACUAUAAGUGCCCCACCUGUAGGUCGGGUUCAUUCCAUGAUAAAAUUGAGCGAAUUCUUUACCUAUUCUUCCUGCUCGAUAAGUACAAAAAUUUCACCUUCCACGUGCCUAUCAACUUUUACAUUUACUGGAGAAUUGUCAAAAUACCGAUGAACCUUUACAUUAUGAAGAAGAAAAUCUGGGAGAAGAAAUACAGUACCAUAUUGGAGUUCCUCUACGACUUCUUCCUCAUCAUACAUAAUGCCAAAACAGUGCAUAUGCCAAACACCCCAAUUUAUAAAAAUGCCUGUAACUUUGAAAAGAAAGGAAAAGUUAUCAUAAAGAAUAUGUUCAAUUUGGACAAUGACGAGCUGAACAAAUACAUUGAUGAUUGUCUGCAGACUUACAAAAAGACCACGAAUGAAGAUGUAACCAAUGAUAAUAACAAAAUGGAAGAGGAGGGUAAAAAUUACGAGGGCAUCAUCACAUCCGGUGGGCAUAAACUAAGCGCUAGUCUCUGUAACAAUAGUAGUAGAGACGACAUUCUCGACGAGAACGUUGACAGCAAUGUCGAUAAGAAGAAUGUUGCUCUUUAUUCGUACCACGCAGAAAAUAUGAAACAUUUGGGCUACCCUGUAAGUGGCAACGCGAUGGUGACCACUAUGGGCGAGUUUACCAAAUCGGGCUUCUACCACUCGCAACAUGGUGCCAUCACCCACACGGGGGGAAAUAACCAUCCAGAUGCAGCUGCCCCGAACUUUCGGGGAAUCUCACUCCUUAAUGAGCACAGUUUGCAGGAUGGAGUGCACAUGGUUCCCGGUGGCGUGAAUAACUCCAGCGGUAUAACAUACCAAUCACAUAGAUGCGUCAACGCAAAUGGUACAUUUGAAAAUGGCAUUGGAAAUAUUGGAACUAAUGUGCAAUCAUACAUGAAUGAUACCGAUUUAUAUAGUGGUUACACCCCAAUGGAGAAGAAGAACUCCAUGGGAGGGUAUGAUAACAAUCCUCUAAAUAUGCCCCCAAAUAAGGACGAUACGGUUUUAUACAACUUCAGUAACAACAAUGUGGGUAAGAGCCUCUUAAACAGUAACCUCCUUAGGAAGCGAAAAUUGGAGAUGCUUGACAAGGACAUCACGCAGUAUGAGCUACACGAACUGUUCAAUUUUAAAAGCGACUCCGUGUUUAUCCACAAAAAUCAGGAAAUGUUUGCUCCCGAAAGUUGUGGCAUAACCAAUUAUAACCUCCUUACCGUUAAUGUGAAAGGGAAAGUUUAUUUUAAUCGAUCUUUUGAUCGAUUUGACGAAUUUGACGUUUGUAAGAUAAGGAAAAUGCAUCUUCUGACUAAGGGAAGUUUUUCGUCGAGCUGCAGAUCAGCCAAGAACGAAUUCUCUUCCGAGGGGAAUCUCCUACAGGGUAACAACAGCAGUGGAGAAGAGAAAACUACUACUCCCGUUGUAGAUAAUCACCCGGAUAGUAUUUUCCCAAAGGAGGAUGCAAUGGGAGAACAUAAGAUACAUUCCAAUGGUGGCAAUUCGAAUCUAUUUGUCAAUGAUAACAUAUUCAUGAUUGACAUCAGGAAGGAGAAAGUCAAAAUGAACCAGGUGCUUAAGGAGGUGACCAAAAUUGUCAACCCAGUGAACAAUCCGUACAAAUUUUUGAAGUCUGUUCAGAUAGUUUUUUUUGGCCAGCAGAGUCCAAAUGAGCAUAGGGAAUCGAAGAAUGUAUCAUCUGUAAGAAUGAACUACGUUACAACCCGUGUAAACUACAACACUAGCGAUAAUGAAAGUGCGGAUGAUGUAACGAUGGAGGACGAUGAUAGGAACACAGGAGGAAAGGCUAUAUCCCUCGAUGACAUCAUUUCUCUCAUGGAAAGAAGAACUUCCAAAGGGGGAUCAAAAAGAAGGUGCCAGAAUACAAAUCUUAGAAACGCCCCCAAUUAUCGCCCUGUUAGAAGCAACCCCAUUGAGAAUGACGUACCAAAUAAAAAAAUAAAACUUCUCAGCAAUGACAUUCUGAAAGAGUACUGUUAUGUUUGCGGAUGCAUAGAGUAUAAAAACCCGCUGGUUUACUGCGGUGCAUGUGGAAUGUCCCUUCACUACGCCUGUGCUAAUAUUUCCAACCCCUUUUUGUUUAACUUAGUUGAUUACUCAGAACACAGGGAGGAGAUUAAUCAAAUUUUUAACAUAAUCACGAGGAACUUUAAGUGUAAUCAGUGCAUCAAGUGUGACAAAUGCGAUAGUCACUUUAGCGACGCCGUGAGGGAUACCUUCUACUCGAACAUGAGCAGUAUGGAUACUUGGAGUGGAUACCAUUUUACCAAAAAAGCAACGUUCAAUUAUUUUUACAAUUUGAAGAUAGAGGUAGUUACUCUGAAGAAGGAUAAAGACGCACAGAGGAGAAAGACACUGGAAGAUAACGAAGCCCUCGAAUUUUCUGAAAAACGGGAAACACCAUCUCCCAUGAUUAGUGAAUUGAAUGAAACUCCAAAGAAUGAACAAAGUAGCAUGCAACAGCUGUGUCAGUUUGUAAAAGUGGAACCAGUGGAAAACAGGGAAGGGAGGGAAAGAUGCUCUGUUAACCACCCCUCCACGCCCAAAAUGGAGAAACAAAAUGUGGAUGAUAAUCAUCAGCAGCAGGGGGAGAAAAACCAACUGGAUAGUAAUAACCCACGCGUGUGCUCAAAAAAGAGGGACAACCAUAAGAGCAUUAACGUGGGCAUCCACUUGGAAGAUCAGAUGGGAGACCCUCCCAUCACAUGUACCAUCGCUGAUGUGAGACAAGAAUCCAAAAGUAUCCAAACGAAUAGCGAAAUAGAGUUAUCGCCAAAAAAGAAAAAAAUGUCGCCAAAAAGGAAAACAACUAGUAGUAAAAAAAAUUAUCAAAAUGAAAGGAUGGACCAGAGUGCCCCAAAUAGUAUUAUCAGCAUACUGAGUGUACAUGAAGAGGCGCAAACCAUAAUAAAGUGCUUGUGCUGUGGAAAAUCCAUACACAAUGAAUGUUUUUAUCGAAUAGAUAAUAACCGCGACAAUACAGAUAAUAACGGCCACGAUAUGCAUAAGAAGACUGUAAAGACUAUAUUCAAAAGGGGAUACGUAAAAAAGAGUCCUAGUAAAAAAAUGAAUUCGCCUGAAAAAUCAGCGAAGGGGUUAUCUACCUCAAACUCGGGCGAUUAUGUGCCUCCCCAGGAGAUCAUUUUGGAUACCACGUUAAACGAGGCGAACGUACCAAUCAGCAAAAAUAACACACCGAUGAAGAGUGAUCAAGUUGGGGAGGAGGCCAACGCACCAGAGACGAACGGUGUGAUCACAUCCUUCGCAUCGAAGGAUAAUGACAGAACGGGAACCACUACGAAGACAACGAGUGCUUCGGCGAUGAUGGAGAUGGUUCCAUCCCCCAUUAAAUCGAACACGCCAAAGGAGGAUAAAUUAGAGACACACUUUAGCACCCCCAGCAGCCAUGUUCUUAGUGAGGACAUCCACACGAGUGUGAAAUGCACUGUGAAUCGAAACAGCGGUGAUGAAUGCAAUAUUCAAUCGACCAGCAUCAAUAUUAACAGUAAGGUUGAAUGCUCCAUAGUAAGCAGAAACGUAUCGGUACUUAAACCGAACGAAACUAAUACAACCAAAAGCCCUUUACUCAAAAAUGAGCUCUCCAAUAAUGGCGUCAUUCCCAGUGAUGAGUUUGUAAGACAAUUUUUAACAGGUGCAGAAGAAGCAGAAACAGACACCGAAACUGUAGCUAUAAAUGGAAAGGUGUAUAAUAAGCACCUCAUAACUGAGAUAUACGAUGUGAUAAGACAAAAGAAAAAUGUGAAAGUGAAAAACUUAUUGCAUUUAUUUGUUGCCAACAUUGAAGAAUCUGUGGUGUAUUCGGUUCUCAACGAAAUUUUGAAAGGACUACACAGUUACCUUAACGAUAAAUUAAAUUACUACAGAUUGAACAAAAAUCCAAACAGCGAUGCGACGAUGGAAGAUGCGGAUAAAUGUGAGAAGGAAAAACAUCCCCUUUUUGAUAAGAAGAAUCUCAUUACGGAUAAUAAUGGCGAUAUGAAAAUUUCAGAAAUGUUGCUAAAAAUUCGCGCCUUAAUUUCGAAGACCUUUUCAGUGCCCUCGAACAGAAAGGCAUCAAAUGAGAAACACGCAAAGAAGAGGAGUAGCUCAAGUGUUACAAAAAGCGCAUCUAAUGAUAAUCCAGGUCUACGAAGCAUGAACCACACUAGAAGUGAAUUUUUUAAAGGAAGCAACCCCAGUAGCGUGCAGGUGAAAAAUCAGCUGAACAAAACCCAUGACACGCUGCUGUUUGCAACAAUUGGAAAUGAUGUAUUCUCGACACCCCCUUCUUCUGUGCAUUGGGCGGAGAAUAAUAAGAAUGCCCCCAUUGACAUCAACAGUUUUGGCACGUGCGAAAUGAAGCUUUGUAGCAGCGCCAACGGGGUUAACCAUUUCGAUACGGCGAAUAACGGCAAGAGUGUUCCCAACUUAAUCGACAUGACGAAGGUGAAUGAUGUGAGCGUAACAGGCGCCAGGGGGUUAAGCGGCUCAGCUGGGGUCAGCGGCCUUGGCGAACAUGCAAAAUCCAAACUGCUGAACCCUUCCAGCGCGAAGAACCAAACCGGCACGUACAUGAACAAGAGCCUACAGAAGAUGGGCUGCAAAUUUAACGAAAAGAACAUCGAAAAGUUGACCUCCCUCACAGGGAAGAAUGCUAACUGUGCGUACUCUGCAGCGAAUAUGAAUUCUAGCCCUAUCAGAAAAAUAAUCAAUUUUGAUAAAACGAACAAUGUGAAGAUGAAUGUAAACAACAUAGGCACCCCAUCUCAGUAUAACUCGAACAUAAACGACCUGGGUAACAUGCACGAAAGGACCCUCAGCUCUGCCCCGUGCUGGGUAAGUAAUUACAGCAAUGUCCUAAUCGUGAACAAUACGAGUACUGUAAGCGAGAUGAGAGGCGUGAGCGGCCUGAACAACUUGAAUAAUAUAAAUAGCAUAAAUAACAUUAACAACAUAAACAAUAUUAGCAGCCUAAACAGCGUUAGCAGCGCCAGCGAUUUCAACGGAGAGAACCUCUCCAGUAGCAGCAGUGGCAGUCUCCAGAAUGUAAGCGUUGAUGGCGCAAGCAACCUAUACAACCUAAUUAGCAUGAACAAUAAUGUUAACACGCCCAACACAGUCAACAUCAGGGACCUCCUGGGCAACUCCGGCAGCGUGAACGAUAUAAAUAUCGUGCAUAAUAUUAGCAUACUGAAUAAUAACAAUGUGAUAAUAAAUGUGAACGGCGUGGAGGGCAAGAAGGAGCCGUUUGUGAACUAUGCCCACUUGGGUAACGCGGGCUCCAUCAACACGAUGAGCAGCCUGGGCAGCGUGAUUAAUUCGGGGGAAAUGGGAAACAUCAGCGGGGUUAUAAAGAACGUCGGCGUGGAAAGCGUCAAGGGUGUCAUGACCGUCACAGGGAUGAGCAACCUCGAUAGUGCCGUGCCCCCAGGAGGACCCCUUUUCGGUGAAAACUCCACAGCGCAGAUUAACAGCAUCAACGAAAUGACCCACCCGUUUAGCAACGCCUCCUACGCGAAGGACGAAGAAAACGUGUACCACUACAAAGAUAAUAUGAGAGCAUCGAACGUGCACGUGAACAAUCAAAAUAACAUGGAAAGAAUGAGUCACAGAAGAAGUUAUACCGAUAUGAUAAACGUGAAGAACGUGAAGCAUUUUCCCAUGAACAGUGAUAGCGACAUGCUAACUAAUAUGCCCAGUAUAUUUGUAAACAAUGCGAACUUGCAACCCCCACCAAUUGCAUAUGCACAUGGAAAAGUGGAUUAUGCAGUGAAUGAAAUGUCACUGGAGAAGAAUGUGUACAGACCGUAUCUACAAAGUAACGAAAUGAACUUAUAUAAAAAUAAUUCCUAUUUUUGUAACCAGCUGGGAAAUCAUAAUAACUCCCCUUCAAAUCACGAAAUGGGAAAUAUGAAUGUGCCUUCAGAUUAUUAUACCCCUAUGCGGAAUGGUAGAAAUAAUUUUAAUCCUGAGGUAAAUGCUACACCGUUUGAUGGCAGGAUAAAUAACGAAAACGUCGAAAUGAACCGAAAAAUAAUGAUCAAUGUAAAUGCUACUAAUGAACAACCCAUUUUGUAUGAAGAUGACAGCAAUAUCAUUUUGCACAGUAAAGAGGUGUCAGAUGUGAAUAGAGAUGGAAGAAGCAGCUCUGCAUUUCGCAAUAUGAAGUACGUAAAUAUUUCCGAUGCCUAUGAACUGAGGAACCAGAAUAAAUUCGCUGAAAUGUACCGCAUUUAUAGUAAAAAUAUCAACAGGAAGGAUCAGGCGCACACAAAAACACUGCUGAAGUCAAACAUCCCCAACUUGGACAAGUUUAUAAAUAGCGGCAAGAAGAAGAACUCCUUUCCGGAGAGCGAAAACUUAACCGGGGGGGGGAACACCGGCGGAAAUAUCAGCGGAGGAAACUACAAAUACUCCAGCAACUACAGCCACAAGAACGGUAGCUUCGACCCCAGCGUGUUCAAGUUUAAUGAAAAUGCACCCUCCUUGGCGAAGGUGAAUGAAAGGGGAAAUAUCAAAGUUCCAGAAUUUGACGCAGCCAAUAAGAACCCCAACUUUUCGGCUAACAAAUUACAUAAAGAAAAUAUGACUAACAUGAGAAUUGAAAAAAAUCCUUCUAAGACUGCAGAUCGUGCAGUGAAGAAAGAUGUGCAGAAGUCUAUCCUCCCACUUGGAGCCGUUAGCAAGAAGUGCGUUCUUUAUAACCACAAUGACAAAAAAGCUAUCCACAUAAAUCUGUGUCAUCAGGUGAAGUAUAGCUUCGAAGAUGACACAAUCAAUGCAAAUGGAGUAGCGACGGAGGAUGCAGAACUGGCUACCAGUAUGAAAAGGAAACUCAAGUUUUACUGCAAGAAUAUUUUGAUCAACAAGGAAAAUGGAGCCAGUGACAUCAACGGGCUGAGCUCCUUGAGUGCAGUGAAUGCCAAUGAGUUCGCAAGCGGCAAUAACGACAGAGGUUUCAAUAACAAUGUAAGCGGGCAAAUUGAGAAGAAGAAAAAAAAGGGCGACAAUUCCUCGUCAAACGCUAAACAGUAUAAAAAGGAAAAGUGCCCAGCGGAUCAAAGCGCAACAGAAAAUGGAGGUCAAAGUAAGGAUGUGAAGAAAAGGAAAAGAAGUGACAAAAACGAACAGAAUGAAGAGGUCGAAAAGGGGGAAGAAAAAAAAGCGGAAAAGAAGGCAAUCGAAAAGAAAGCAACCGAAAAGAAAACAACCGAAAGGGAAACAACCGAAAAGAAAGUAACGGAAAAGAAUGAAGUAGAAAGGGCCGAAAAAGUUGAAAAGAAGCCAGCAAAGGAGGUCAAAAAGAAGGCGGAAAAAAAAGAAAUGGAGGAAGAAAAGAACGAAGAAAAGGAAGAGAAAAAGGCCAGACCGAAAAAGAAGCCGUCGAAGGAGGAAAAACAGGAGGAAAAGGAGAAGGAAAAAGAGCAGCAACAGAGUAAGGAUAAAGCGAAAGAAACGAAACAAAGGGGCAUAAAAGGGGAAAAAUGCAAAAAGGAUUCGAAGGCGACUGAAGUUUCCAAAGCAGAAACGGAAAAAAAAAACGUCAAGGUGAAAAAAGAGGAAUACUCCCAGGAGGGCAAAAAAGAAGGAAAGGAAAACAAAAGUCUCAAGGGAAAAGAUAAAGGAGAUGAAAAAAAAAAUGGAACAAAAACGAAUAAAAAUCCAGAAGAAAAGGAUAAAAAGAAAGCGUGCGAAAGCAGAACAACACAGGUUAAAACGAAGAAGGAUAUAAACGAAAGAAAAGUAGUUACAGAGAAUAAUAAUCUAGCGGAGGAUAAACUACACGAGUUGAAGAGGAACAGCAGUUCCUCCAUGAUUUCCAUUAGCAGCAAGUUUGUUUGUGGUAGCACAUACAUUUCUGAUAUUGUUCCCAAAAAUUGCAACAUGCAAGGUAAAUCCAAAAUGGAUGACAGUUACAUCACAGGUAGCGAUGAGGAGUUGUGCUUAUAUUCGAAUGCCCCCGAAUCUGAUAACUGUACCCCGAAUAGAGGACCGACAUGCAGUAAUCGAAAGAGAAACAGAAUAAACAAAUUAAACGGAUUUCUAAAGAAGAAUAAGUUCGUGUUGAAGUCCAAGUUCAAGAGGGUCACCCCGAAUUCGUACCUUUGCCAUAGCUGCGUUGUGUUGUACAAAAAUGACUUUUCCUUUAACGCGUUUGCGGAUGAGAUCGCGGCUGUUGAGAAGCGCUUUGAGAAGAAAGUGUGUGGUAGUGGUAACGCAAUGAGCGUCGUUAGGGAAGCGAGCUUCUUUAGCGGGGCUGAUGUUGUCCAGGUUAAAAGAGAAAUCAUUGAACAAGAGGAGGAAGUUCCCGUUGAACAAAAUAGCACAAGUAGCAUAAGCAAGGGCGUUGCUGAUGAAGGGAAGGAAGAGAUGAACCCCGACGGCGCGAUUGAUGGAGUCACGCACAGCACGAACGCGAUUAAAGACCCAACAGUGGAACCAUCGUGUAAUCCCAGUGCAUGUCAAGAGCUCGUAAAUGUCGAUGCGAACGAGAGCAAAGCAAAUGAAGCAGACGAAAGAAAUGAGGCAAAACUUUUUACGGAUGCAACGAAACAUGGUCAAAAUGUAGAUGGUACUGCCCCUGAGAGUAACGAAAAAAACGUGCCUGUUAAUAACACGCAUGAUUGUAGAUGCGACGAAAGAGGAAGUAAGAAUGAAGAGGAGAAGGACUACUUCAGCAUAAGCAACGAGCGCAGUGCAAAGCGCGACCCGGACUGGAAUUACUGGAUCAACAAGAUAUCCGUGCACAAUAACAUUUCCUUCAACCGUGCCUACUUAAAGGAGAACAAGCCAUCCACAAGUGUGAGGCAAUUCUCUGAAACCAAAGGAAACGUUUACAAAUGCUCCAUCUGUUGUAUGCUCUGUGAAUACAAAAUUGGGAAAGGUGACAACAGUGCGCCUGACAAGGCCGCUGAGAGAACCGCUGAGGACGAAAGUGACAAUUUCAACAGCCUCUUCGUGUGUAACGCAUGCACCUUACGUUAUGGUAACAUUCAGAAAUAUAUAAUGUCAUACCCAGACAAUAGCAGGUACUCGACCAAGAGUCUGUUGAACUUGAACAGAGAACGAUAUGAAAAAAGGAUGUUGUAUGAAUUAGUUUAUUUCGUGAUAAAAAUCAGCUUUAGUUUUAUGUACUUUAAGAGGAAUUUCUUUGAAGCAUUUUGUCAUCUGUUAGAUGAAUUUCUCCGAAGAAAUAAAUCAAUUCUGAAACUCCUGUACCGUUUAUAUUUUGGCAACUUUUUUUUUAAGUGUGAUGAGUUUUUUCCCUUUUUCAGCAACAAAGUUAGGAGAGAUGAGCAGUUGAGGCGCUUAUUUGAUAGGAGUGGUAAUAUGGUUAUGCCUUUGGGAUCGACACACCAUCAUGUUUUGAGAUAUGCUCUGAACCUGUUUUGCAUGAGAAUGUCCGGUUGUGCUAAGAAGGGGAAAAGAAAAUCGAGUGGCGCCACAGGUUCAGUUCGCAUGUCCCUCGCGGCGAGGAAGUUAUUGUUUUGUUAUUAUAAAAAGGGGGUAUCCAGCGGGCCUAGAAAUGCGGGAAGCUACUUUGAGCACGUAGUCAGUUACUCCGUUUAUUUCUUGCAUUUGUAUUACUUGCACAAGUUCCACGUUAGUGGGGUGAGGAAGAAGCGAAUGUGCAACGGGGAAGUCAAAGCGAGACGAGGACGAGCAGGACGCGAAAGCGAUGGCGCGCUUGGGUUUACACAUGCAUGUACAGUUGGAUCUACAGUUGGAUGCACACUUGGAUGCACACUUGAAGGCGCCGCGACACCCGUGAAGAAUGUCCGCAUUGCGGAGAGGAAAAAAAGGAGAAAAGUUAACCAUAAUUUGCUUUUCAAAAUGAAAAACACGGAGACCUUCGCAGGUACCAUACGAACGUUAAACCAGAGGGACUCGGAAUUGCUCUUCCUGAAUAGAGAAAACUACAUGACAAAAAAGGAUUUUAUGACUACCUCCCGCAGUAGCAGCGGUUGUAAGAAAGGGCAGCCAAAAGAAGGAAAGGCGAAAGAAGCAAUGCCAGAACUGUUUAGCAAUAGAAAUGCCCAAGGUGCAACCUCCCUUUUGUUAUAUGAAAAAACGUGCGAUGAAUACAAAAAGGAUGGUCAAAAUGAGAAGGACAAGCUUGGAGUUACCCCCUUCUACAGUAGCGAGUUCCAAAAGAAAGUAAAGCAAUAUGUAAAGAAGAUCAAGUGUACCAUAAAAAAUAAACUAAAUUUAUACGUGAAGAUUAUGCUUAAUAUAUACAGGCAGGAGAGCCUGAAUAUGAUAAAAUGCCAAGGCACUGAUAAGAAACUACUCAGGCAUGGGAACACUAAGAUUUGCCUUUUGUGCCACUACGGAGACUACCUCUAUAAGGGAAGGUUAAUCCCAUUUUAUGAUAUCUUUAUCCAUAGCGAAUGCUUAAAAUGGAGCCUAAAUUGCAUACAAUACUAUAGGUUGAAUAGCAGUAGCUGCGAAUGCCUUAGUAGAAUCGUCGGCGGGGCGACGGAAGGCAUGGUGGAUGUUAAGAAGAGUCCCUCGAAUGAUAAAAAGGGAGCGAAGAACUCGUCUGGCAAAAAAAGCAAAAAGAAAUCCGCAGAAAGUGGUUCAUCUUCGGAUAAGAAUGAGACAAUGGGAGGAGGAACUAAGGAGAGUCUCGACAGAAACAAUGCCCACAUUGGUGCACAGGUUAGAAGCGCCACUGGAAGUAUUUCCCAUGUUGUUGGUACCCACGUGAGCAGCACUCACGUAAGUAACAACCACUUUGACUGUCAUACGAACAAAGGGGAAGAUCCGCAAACCGCAGGCGAAACGCCUGUGAAGGGGGAAGAAUGCUACGGGGAAAGCCAAGCAGGUCAGCACAACCAUAGUGAGGAAAACCUAUCAAAAGAGACGACCAAACCGGAAGAAAUCCUAAACGUAAAAAAGAGCAUAAAAAAUAUAAAACUAAUGGAUAAGUUCGAAUGGAAAGAAAAUAAAAACUUCUUGCAUAACUACGAACCUAUAAUCGAAAUAGACGAAGAUGAUGUGAAGGAAAUAAUUUAUGACUCCAUAAAUUCGACGUGCUUUCUGUGUGGUUACAAAAAUGCCAGCAUAUACUGCAGCAAUGAAAACUGCAACAUAAAAUUUCAUCUCAAUUGUGCUUUUUACUCUACCAUGGUAGAGAAUUCUCAUCAGAAUAUUUUUUUCUCUUAUGUAAAAUGUUUCAAAUUGAUUAAAUUUAACAAGGACACGAUUUUUUACAAAUAUUGCCACUCGUCGUCCAGUCAUGCGGAGGACAAGGAGCUAGUGAAGUCGCUAUAUGAGGGCAUUUUCCCCGUGCACAUCAUCUACAAGAUAAAAAAAGUGUGGUGCAAUAAAUGCUGGAAUGCGAAGAAGAUAUAUGACUCGUUCUACAUAAAUAAGGAGAACAUGCAAUGUUCCAGUGCAAAGGAAUCCAACAAAGAAGUGGAAAAGAUCAAAAGAAGACUCUCGAACCCCGCCAAUUGUACUGCGAAGAGUGGGGAAGUAAUCCAAGGUGAUAUUUCCCAUGCAUGUAGUAAGCUCAAACAGGAUGACACAACAACAAGUGGUUUAAAUCUCGAGAGAGAAGCAGAGUAUCAAAACAAUGGCGCAAGCCAGCAGGCAGGGACAGGAGAAAAUAAUAGAACUUCUGCCGAACCGGAACCUAAACCUAUUGCAAGUAGGAAAAAAAUAAACGUCAUGGAAAGUCUGAAGAACAUUUACAAACAUUUCAUCCACUUCUAUUAUGAAAACGGAUCGUACUACGUUAUGGAUAAAAUUCUCUACAGCAUAAACGAGUGCGUGAGGAUAAGGUACAGAAGGAAGCCCCUCGACUGGGUGCAGGAAGUACUAAAUAAAGAAAGCAAGAUAGAAAGCAAAAUGAAACAUUUAGAAAUCCUCAUUAACCAAUGUGCCAACAAAAGUGAUGAGAAGAGUUUCGUUAACGAUAGGUACCAGCUGAUAUUUCAGAGAAAUCAGCAGAAUGGUGAAGACACAAAUGAGCAGUUAAUGAACAAAGAUGGUGCACACAAUAACGGCGAAGUGCAUGAAGAGAGCGACACAUUUACAAAUGACGUAAAUAUCCAAAACAUUAUUGACAAUAAGAAUGUGGAAAAUAUCUUCAAGUCCUAUUUUAUCCUCAAAUAUUUUUUAUACAUCGGCAGAGAAAUAGCACUAAAGAAUGAGGAGUAUUUUUUCUUAAAAAAAAAAGAGAAUUCCUUUGUCAGAUAUGUUUAUUCGAAUGAUGAGCAGAUUUACAACCUACAUUUGCCGCACGUGCUUCACAACAAUGGGGUGGAGGGAUUGGCCAUCGCAUCGCGAAACGAGACAAGGACCCAUGUGAAGGAUAAGAGCCACAAAGGGAAUUUACCAGCAGCGAAUGACCAAGUAAGAAGUGAUAUCAAUGAUCGCCAAGGGCAGCAACAUCAGGAGCUGCGUCAGAUUUGCUACACUACCUUCAUCGACGACGAGUCCGAAUCGGACACUGAGAACUCGGAGAAUAACCUGAGCAGCGGUAGCGACCACGAAAUGGAAGAAAUGGACAUGGCGCACUACUACAGCAAAGAAAGGAAAGACAAACAGAUGAAAAGCAUUAACCUUUACUUCGAGUUAAGGGAUGUCAACAGAAACGUAAAUAUAACGAAGCUGCAGCAUGUUAGUAAUUAUAGCGACCGUAAGGAGAGCAGCGAUGCGGUGGCACUAUGCCCCAAUGCGGACGACAAGAGCGAAGCAAAGAGGAGAACAAACAAGAGGAAUGGCACCACCACUACGGCAGCCAUGGUAGCAGCUACCAGAAAUACAAGUUUAGAACGAAGCACUUGCGAAAGUAACAGCUUAACAGACAGAAGGGAAUUCUUUUUAAAUACGAUUAUAAGUGAUACGAAUGAUGUGUUUAUCAAGCGAACAAAUGAAAAGCUAUUCUCGAACUAUAAGUUUAAUUGUAGAAAUAAUCUGAACCUCUCAAAGUAUAGAAUUAUCAAAAUAGGAUGUCACAACAUCUUACACAUGGGUGAAAUUGUAAAAUAUAAUGGAGAGAAGAGAAUAUAUCCCUGCGGUUUUGUGAACAUGAGAAUAUUCUUUAAUUUGCCCUCCUCGUACCUUUUUCAUAUUUAUAAAGACGCCAUUUUCGACGACGAAGAUGAGAAGAAGAAAACGUUGCAGCGGAUAUUUUUACAAAUACGUGCCACCUACAUUUUCUGCAUUACUUUAAAGAAUGAAAAUUUUUUCUUUUCCAUCAUGCUAUUUCCCUUAAUAAAUGUUGACCAUUUUUCCGUAAGAGAUGCUCAGAAAUUCCUUUUAGCAGAAAGUCAUGACAUACAAGAAGUAUAUGCAAAGUUUUUGUCCCUUUUUAAGUUCCCAAAUGGAGACCUUAACAAUAAUAUGCACAUGUCGGAUGAAUAUAAAAAGUACGUCAACAGGUAUUCCCACUUGCUUGAGCUGCUGCAGAGUUAUAUCUUCAAAUCUGUGCAACACAACGUCAAGGCAGUCGACCCCCAUGACUUCUUCGGCUUGACCCUACCGUGCGUUAUCUAUCAAAUGAAAUACAAGCUCUUUAAGUACUUGUGGAAAAAUGUGAAUCACAGGAUUAGAAAUUACCUUAGGAGGUCCGGAAAAAGGGAGGAAUGCAAUAAGAGGGUAAAGAAUUGCACGCGGGAAGUCAUAUACAAUGACAACUUGCUGUGUAAGUACUCCAAUUUGGACACCUCAAUCUUUAAGGAGAACGAGAAGGAAAAGGAAAGGAACAUGAGAAAAACGGUCAAGUAUAAGUACAACAUCAACAGCGCAAUGUCCUACCGCUACCUAAUGAACAUCUCAUCCAAUUCGCGGCUGUACGUCAAGAAGAGCAGCAUUCAUGGAUAUGGACUCUACACGUCCGAGUUUAUUAAUCAGGGAGAGCCGGUCAUCGAGUACAUCGGUGAAUACAUUAGAAACAUUAUAAGUGACAAGAGGGAAAAGUAUUAUGACAAAAUUGAGAGUAGCUGUUACAUGUUCAGGCUAAACGAAAAUAUAAUCAUUGAUGCAACCAAGUGGGGAAACGUCAGCAGAUUUAUCAACCACAGUUGCGAGCCAAAUUGUUUUUGUAAAAUAGUAAGCUGUGAUCAGAACUUAAAACACAUUGUCAUCUUUGCCAAGAGGGACAUUGUAGCGCACGAAGAAAUAACCUACGACUAUCAGAAUUGUUCUCAUUAG